AUGGUCAUGGUGCCGGGGCUGUUUCAGACGCUGGACACCCUGGAGAAGGCAGUUCUUCCGCUGGUGAAUGCUCAUCCAGGGCUCACGGCGCUUCUUGUGGCACCGCCCGGGUUGCCCAAUACACAUUGGCCUACCGCGAUCUGUCUCGAUGGCGAGCUCAGCGCCAUGUGCGUGUCCACCCUACUGGAGCACCUUCUCGAAGGAGACGAGCUUCUACCCACGAUCGACAAAGACAAAAACGACAACGGAACUUCUCCGAAGGUCAAACCAGAACGGCACCCUGAUGGUCAUCCUUCUGAUCCGCAGCCCGAAAUGACGCCUGCGCCGAUGGCCGCCACGCCCGACCCAUCUACCGCAGAACCGGUAGAAACAAUGGCGGCAGCGGGAAUGCAACAAAGCGACAUCGAUGCGUCGCCCCCCUGCCCUUCGCCACCCAAAUCGCCGAGAAGUUCUCCCCCUGCGCGCGAGGCAUUCCCCGUCAUUUUUGUUGGGUUCGGGUUCGGCGCCCACUCCCUCUUACACCUUGCAGCCGGUCCCCUGCGAACCCGCUCGCAGCCCCCGAGACGGCAGCCUAGGGACAACUGCGGCGGUGGAUGUAGUGACGUUGAUGAUUUUGGUGGUUGUUUUUCUGUCGAAAGCGGUUUCCACGGCGACAACGACGACAGUGGCAUUGGGGAUCAUGAACAACAGCGAGAUGGCGGCAAUGGCGGUGGUGGAGGUACCGCGAGUGACGGCCGCCUCGCUUCGGUGCUCUACCACAAAGGGCUUCGAGUCGGCGGGCUAGUGCUUGUGAACGGGUUUUUUGCCUUGGACGAGCAGUCUACGCAGGUCAUUGGCAACCUCAGGCAGGCGUUCUGCGACCAGAGUGACGGCCUCGCCAGAACCGAGGCAAUCGCUUCACUCCUUUUCUCCGAGAACUACCAGACAGGCCGGGUAGCAGCAUCAACAGCGGCUUCUUCAUCCAUCGUAAAUUCAUAUCCCUUUCUCGAGACAAGAGAGGCGUUUUGCCUCGAUGCACCCGUUUCCGCCUACCCUCGUCCGCAAAAUCAACUUGGCUUUACUUCAAGAACAGCAGGUCUCUUGCCAGAUGGAACAACAUUUAACGACAUGCAGCAGAGGCAUCCCGCGCGUUUCCCCUCGGAUAAGGCGCACCAACAGGCCGAGGUUAGUCUGGAGUCGGUGCUAAGAGAGAUGGACGAAAACGGCCAGGAGCGGAAGCAACGGCUGCUCCGGCGGCACCAACGACAACAAAAGCAGGCCAGUCAAUCUGACAGCGCUUUGCCCAGUGCCGACGAAGGGUUCAACGUCGCUGGUGAACAGGAAGAGGAGGAAGAGUUCGAAUCGAAACUCGGCGAAGAAUGUGAUGACGGCCAAUGGCCAUCGCCACAACAUGGACGCACCACUUCUUCUUCCUCUUCCGAGGGUUUGGAUGCGGGUUUCAACUAUUUCGCGCAAAGGUUGGCCCUGGCGGCAAGCGUUUCGAUCCUCGACGGCCUCAUUCUGAACGGCAGAGGCAGUGAUGGUAGCUGGAGUGGCAGCGUUUCGUCCGGGCAUACAGGCGUGAGCGGUGGUACCGGCAGCGGUCGGGUGAUCGAUGAGGUUAAACGCACGGGACUGCCGCUUUUGAUGGUGCAAGGAACGGAGGACGCCCUAAUUGGGUCGCCUCUCGCGCUGGUGCUUAAGCAGGAGCUGCUAUCGGACGAAGCUGUCGAUGCCGAAGCUGGAAGCGUGCUGGAAUGCCUCAUGCCAACGCCACCGGGCAUUUCGCCAGGCGGUAGGGUGCACGGCGAGCAAACCGUAACACCGACGUCGUCGGUGGGAGGGGCAGAGGACGCAAAGGGAAACACGAGUGCCGACGGUGACGGGGGAAAUGAGGACAGGAGUCGAGGAAGCGACGUCGCUGAACAAGGGCGAGGAGGACACGGCUUGCUCCGCGCGCACACGUGCUGGGUGAAAGCUGGCCACGAUGUGCUGCACGAGAGGGGACCCUUCCUGCGCGCUUUGCUCAAUAAGACGUCGGCAGCCACCAGCGUCCUCAUGGGCCGGGCGCCGAAGCUAGUUGACUUCUUCGACCUGGAAGACGAGGGUUCGAGGCGAGAGUUCCAAGAAGCCAGGGACUACCUCGAAGAGUGGCGCGAGUUCAGUAUCGACAGGGCUAUCGUGACCGCCGGGCUCGGGGCGACCGGCGAACGCUUGGCCGCUCUGGACCUGCCUCUAGUGGCACGGUACACGUUCCAGACGAUGAAAGAGUGCUGGAGAUGCCGAGCGCUCGUGGUCGAGGUCACUCGCCUCGAUCUUGGCAUGCGCAAGAGGCAAGCCCACACGCGCGAGCAGCUGGCCCUUUCCAUCCGCACCGUGAACAACAUGGUCCGCACCCUCCGCAAGAGCAACAGCAGCAGCAACAACCAACACCGCGACACGACCAACAGCGGCGACAACGCCGCCGCCGCCGGCGCCGCCACUGCUGAGAACAACGGCAACCAGCAGGACCUUCUCCACCUCGAGCCCCUCGAUCAGCAGGCACUGAAGGCCGAGAUCGCGGCCGCGGAGGGCUCCAGGGCGACCAACUACGCGGCCUGCCGCAAGCUGCGGCGUACCGGGGCGGUCUUCGCCGCCCGGCGGGAACGACUCGAGUCGACGCUGGCCUUCCUGACGGGGCGAGUGCGGGGCUCGCUGCUGUCGCUGGAGCGGAUUAUGGGGCAGCUCCGGAAGCACCUCGCGCUCGCGAGGGUGCAGGAGAGAGUCUUCCACGAGGAGGUGGUCAAGGGCGAGAGGAUGGGGCUGAAGGCUCGCCGGCGCCUUGAAGUGGUCCGGGAGCAGCUUUCGACGUUGGGUGUACACCCGCACAAGUGGACAGACUCGGAUGCGUGGCAGCCAGGCUACAUGCAGAGACACGAAACGGCGGAGCUGGUCAAAAUGCUCGAGGCAGAGGGUCGCACCCUCCAGACGGCCGCGGACGAAGCCUGCGAACAGAGUGAACGCGCUCGAGAGCUCCACGAGAAUAUCUUCCAGCAGGAGUCCACUCUGGUGUCCACGAUGCAAGGCGUGGGUGCGCUGUUCAGUCUCCUGAACACCGCCCUGGAAGACGAGAACUUCGUCAGGGACGCGGAGACUGUAGUGGAGGCACAAACGGCGCUCGAGCAGGAGGUGUUAGGGCUCGGCAGCGGGAAGGCGGGACGAAUAGGCAAGCGAAACCAACGAGGAAAAGGGCUGCUAUCGGCAGAGACGCGCGUGAGGGCCACGCCUCACCGCAACCGAACGCCGGACGAGAAAAGGUGGGUGGCCCUGGACGCGGUGGUUAACCCUCAGCUAUACCACCACGUUACCCUCGCCGAGGCCGAGGAGAUGCGCUGGGACGCCCUGUACUACACACGACUGGACCGGGAGGAUAUCCUCCGGGUGCUGUCGCUUCCGCCGCAGGUGCAGCUGGCCCUGCCGUUCCUGCACACUCCUGACGAGGUCGCCGCGCACGAGCUCCUCGCCCGGUACUCGCUCGGCAUCAGCGCCGACCACUUCGCGCAGCAGGACAAGACUAGCCAAGACGCCUGCGAGAAUCCGAACACGGCUUCUGCGUCUUCCUCCAUGACUGCGGCGGCGGAGGCGGCCGGCGACGACAAAACCGCGCCGGGCAGCGCUACCGCAAAAGGAGCGGGAACUUCCCGCCCUGGCUGGCGGGACGACAUCCUUGCACGCGCCACUCAGCGAGUCUUGGUUUGCAUGUGGCGCGCCGCAGAGGCGGAGCUAGCGUCUCCCGAAGACCGAGACGACGAGGAGGCCAUCUGGUGCGUGCUGGAUCGGAAACUGCGACCGCAGCUGUACCGCGACUCCGACGAAAGCGCCGCUGACAGAGCCGAAGAGCUGCAUUGCGAGGCUGACGCCCGGGAGGACGCGCGCCAUACCUGGCUGACGACCCCCAAGGGUACUUCCCCUAGGAAUCCCGCCGCCGCCCAAAAUCUAUCAAAUGUCGGGGGUAGCAGACACAAGAUCGAAAUCGUUGUCGAGCAGCAACGGACAGCCGAGGGCGUGGCUGCCCUGAGAAGGGUAUCCGAAGACCGCGAAAUGCUAGUACACGGGGUUGCUGACUCUUUCAGCGAAGAAUACCUCAAGGCCUUGGCCGCGUCGGUGUCGGUAGGCGGGUUGCCAGAGGUUGGCGUGUUAGAAACAGGCCGAGAACCAGAAGGGGAUCGAGGGUUGAAGGCGACACCAGGGGGGCAAAAUGGUGAACCGGGAGCUACAGCAGUAACGAGGGACACUGGAGACGAUGAAGCGCGCAUGGAUGCAGCACGGCCACGAGAGAGUAGUCAAGCAGCGGGAGACGAUGGCGACCGCAACGAGAAAGAGGGCGAACAGCAAGAGCGACGCAGCCGCAGCCGCCGCCUCGUGGAGACCGUACAGAGAGUCCUGCCUCGGUUUCUCGUCGCCGAGGAGGAGACUCCUCUCGGGCGGGACAUGACUCGGUCUCUCGCGAUGCUGCAAGAGGUAGCCCUACGCCUGGGAAGAGGGCAGCGGGACAUCUUUUCGGGCUUAAACCCGCAGACCGCCCUUGCCGCCCUUCGGUCCCCGCCGCCGUCGACAGCGGGAAAGCCGGCAUCCAACCCCCGAACGGAGGAGAAUGGCAGCCGUUCCGGCAUUAUCGCCGCAGAAGGAGGCGGAGAGAGUGGGAUGCCGAGGGAAGAAGCUCCGUGCAUCGGACGAGAUGAGGGAAGUGUCUGCGGAGCUGCUGAAGGUACUCCAGGGAACACGAGAGACGGUACUGAAGGAGGCAGGUCGGCUACCAGCAAGCCUGACAGAACGGUGGACAGGGUAGACCCUCGACAACAACGGUUGGCAGAUGAGGCGAAAUCCAUGUCGGACUCCGGGCAUUGUUACGACAGCUGCAACUACAGCGCAAUGUCAGAUACGCCACGAAAGCUCGAAAAGGUGUUCGGUUCCUGGGAAGAGAUACAUCCAGCCGCGCUCGGGGUGCAUUCUCAGGAGAAGGCGUUCCGGACGGGGGACGGAGAAGGAAUGCAUCCGGCGAGCUUCCGGAGGGAUUCCACAAGCGAUGGAGACAGCAUUGGCUCUACCCGAUCGUCCGUGCUCACAGCACCUGGGUUUACUCCUUUCUACGACGUCCGUCACCACCACGACAACAUCUUGAGCGCAUCGCUAGACCCCCUAGACAUCCUGACCGGAGAAGGGCACCCAGGGGCCGCACCAGAGAGGUUGUCAUACGAGGCAAGCGGCGGGAACAAUUUAAUCGCGGCUGGGAUGGACAGGGUCGGAGAUUUUGAUCCCGGAGAGGUUGUGGUCGGUAUCGCCGUGACAGUUGUGUUCCAGGGAAAUUUCGAGACCGACGGCUAUCGCCUCGGCCGACUCGCCGCCGGAUUGUACCGCAUGCCACCCGCGUUCGGGCAGGGACAGGCCGAAGACGGAGCGGAGCUCCCUCAGCCAGUGGGGUUCGCCCCGUACUCUCUGCAGUCUCUCAACACUCCAGAGUCGAUCGGAAGGGUAAUGAUAUUCCACCAGCCUCGGGUGCACCCCGUGCGGGCGGGGCGGUUUCAGGUGGUGAUCGGUGCAGCGUCGCGUGUGAAGUACAGCCUUAGCGUUGUGGCCGCCACGGCCAUCGAUGCGUUCGCUGCUUUCGACGAGAGCAUGAAGGAGGCCAAGCGCAUGCAAAAACGUCUCCCCUCGCUCAUGGAAGAAAUAGAGGUGUUGAAGGACGUAUCCAAGCUGUCGAGAUGGAAGCAGCGAAUCGUGAGGGAGCUCCUCGAGGAAGCCAGGGAGGAGGCUGUGAGAUGCGAUGUUGAGGUCAACGAGGUCAAGAGAGAGAUUCAGGAGGAAGAGAAAGACCAAAAGCUAGACGAUGACGGGCGGCGCGCGCUGCUUGCCGAGGCGCGACAACUGAAUGCGGAGCUCGUCCGCUGGAAGUUCGCUUGA